CUCUUCGCCCCGACCUAAGGCCGGACGCCUCAAAAUGCGCGCCGCCCUCCUGCUGGGCGCCCUCGCCUGCCUCGCGGCGGGCAGCGCGGUCCCGGUGGCCGAUCGCGCCCCCCUCGCCGAGCUCGACGAGCCCGAGGCUCUGCCACAAGGCGCGGACCCGCUCGCGUACUUCGGCUCGCGGGCGCGGCGGCUCUUUGACGGGCUGUCGGGCAUGGGCCCCAUGGAGGGUAUGACCACCGCGGGCGGGACGGCCGCCGGCCUGAUGGGCAGCAUGGCCGGCGGCGGCGGCGGCGGCGGCGACCCGGAGGUGCAGCGCUUCCAGGAGUAUGUGGCGACGCUAGCGCCGGCCGUCUUUGCGACGUACCUCUUCCUCGGCAUCGCGCUGUGCAUGGUUGUGUUUUGCUGCACCUUCGCGUGCUGCUUCUGCUGCACCCUCGCACUGCUGCCGUAUGAAGCCUUCUGCUGCAACACCUUCUGCUGAGGGGGCUGCCAGCCCCAACGGGCGACCAAGGGACGGCUUUCCGCAAUGCGGUGUGGGUCGGGCAAGGCGGUAGCGGUAGGGGGUGGGGGGAGGGAGGGGAGGGUCUGCGCGAAUACGUACGGUGGCAGGGCGGCGGGGGAGGGCUCGCAUGUUGUCCGAAAGGCGGCGCCCCCAGAGGGCGGGGCGGGGGGGGGGACACAGGGGGGUGCAAGCUGCACGGGGGUACAGACUACAGUCGCAGGCAGGGGUGCUAGCAGGGGUGUCGCUCCUCGCGCUGGCGUACGGGCCUACGCGCGACACCCUUAUUAGGUUCUGUUUGGAAAAAAACGCACUGAACAGU